AAUCCCCUAGUAAACGAAGAAAAUACGGUAAUGAUGAUGAUGAAAAACUGCUAAGGUUUUGGAAUGCUUUGAAGGGUGGGAAAGUUGAGGAGCAUGAUGGUGGCCAGUUCCUUGAAUUAUCUGGGGACGUUUACUAUCUUCUAGGCAAAGAUGAGCAAGGUUCCGAUAUAUCCGCUCUGUUCAUCCGUGAAUGUUAUCACCACCUGAGUAAUAUUAUUUUUGAGAAUGAAAAUAUCCGUCGUUGGCGUAUUACUGGUAAUCCGGGAAUUGGGAAAACCUUCUUUGGUUAUUAUCUACUUUAUCUCCUUUCACAACAACAUAAAACAGUUGUAUAUCACAGACUUGACAAGUCUCCGAUCCUCUUCAGUGAGAAAGAUGCUUUCAGUCACAUCGAUGACAAUAUUCAUGCAUUCAAAGAUUACCUGGCAAAUGAAGAAGUUUGGUAUAUCGUAGAUGGUAGGAAACCGAAGGAAUAUGUCGCCAAGACAAUUCUCAUUUGUUCACCCCAGAAACGUCAUUAUAGUAGCUUUGACAAGCUUGGAACAACUAUCCGGUAUAUGCCGGUAUGGUCUUGGGAAGAGAUCGAUGCAUGCAGGAUUAAGCUUUUCCGUAAUCUUACUCAAGGACAUGUUCGGAAAUUAUAUAAUAAAUGGGGUGGAAUUCCUCGGUUUACCUUAUUUUAUGCUCUCAAUGUUUCUCAGCAAAAUCUUCUUCAAAGUGCAAUUAAUUCGGUUAACGAUAAUUUGUUAAAUUUUGUUGGUGAGACCACAGACGACAAUAGCGCCAGUCAUAAGAUCGUCCAUAUCUGCACGAACAUACCAAAAGGAGAGGAUGGAGAAGAAGGAGGUGAAAGUGUGGGAGAUGUGGAAAUAACGGAAGUAGAAGAUAAUCCUGGAGAGCCCUCUACGUCACAAUCUUCCGCAGUAACUAGAUCAGUAACUAGACCAGAUAAAAGGAAAAGUGUUAUAGGGAAUGGUGAUCCUUUCUAUUCAAUGUCAACUUUAGAGUUUGCGUCCGAUUAUGUUUCUGAAGAGGUAAUGGACAAACUCAUUAAGAAUUAUAGAGAUCAGUUGGAGAAUUUCGUGAAAGCUAGUUCACCAAUUAGCGAUUACA